CAUAAUACGCCACCUUUGGAAGCACGACCUCGUAGUGUCGCGACAUUUGGCGCAUAACGGAUUCUCCAUUCUGGGCAUUGCUCUAUCCCCCGCCCACUCCUUUCACUCUCAAUCUAAUCUUCUUCAUCACUUGGACAAUUUCCUAUAUUUAUUUCUUUUACCAUUAUUAAAUUUCAGAAAUUUAUUAUUGAAUCCAAAAUUAUUAUUACUAGUUAUGGAAAUUCCUAAUUGUAGUAAUAAUAAUAUUAAUAAUUUUUCUGCUGAAAAACCUGGUUCUGUCACAACAAAGGUCAAUAAUCUCAAUUGCAUCGAUCUUUCAGACCCUGAUAUCAAUCAUUCUGUCUCUCUCCUCAAACAGGCAUGUUUGGAUUGUGGAUUUUUCUAUGUAAUAAAUCAUGGGAUAAGUCAGGAAUUUAUGGAUGAAGUUUUUGCACAAAGCAAGAAGUUUUUUGAAUUGCCAAUUAAUGAGAAAAUGAAGCUUCUAAGAAAUGAAAAACAUAGAGGAUAUACACCAAUUCUUGAUGAGCUUUUAGAUCCUGAACAUCAAGUUCAAGCUGUAGGAGAUUACAAGGAGGGGUAUUAUAUCGGUGUUGAAGUGCCUGAGGAUGAUCCUGAAGCAGAGAAGCCGUUUUAUGGGCCAAAUGUUUGGCCAGCUUCAGAUCUCUUGCCUGGUUGGAGGCAAACUAUGGAGAAAUACCAUGACCAAGCACUGGAGGUAGCUAGGAGUGUUGCAAGGAUUAUAGCUCUAGCACUUGGUCUGGACGCGGAUUUCUUUGAUAAGCCAGAGAUGCUAGGGAGACCUAUCGCAAUCUUACGCCUGUUGCAUUAUGAAGAUAAAGUUACUGAUACGUCAAAAGGAAUUUAUGGAGCUGGUGCACAUUCUGAUUAUGGUCUGAUUACACUCUUGGCCACAGAUGAUGUAAAUGGCCUGCAAAUAUGCAAGGAUAAGGAUGCCAAACCACAGAUAUGGGAAGAUGUACCACCUGUAAAAGGAGCAUUUAUUGUGAAUCUUGGUGACAUGCUGGAACGCUGGAGCAACUGUGUUUUCAAAUCCACCUUGCACAGGGUUAUCGGAUAUGGGCAACAUAGAUACUCUAUAGCCUAUUUUGUGGAGCCUAGUCAUGAAUGUCUUGUUGAAUGUUUGCCAACCUGCAAAUCAGAAACUAACCCUCCCAAGUUUCCUCCAGUUCGAUGUAGUACAUACCUGAGCCAGCGCUACAUGGAUACUCAUACUGAUGUGAGCACUUACAAGAAAUCGUAAUAUCUGGGCCAAUCGAGCUGAUAUGAGAAGAACUUGAUGUGGGGGCAUUUAGUCUAUUCUACGAAAGUCCUGCACAAUCUAUCAAGAAUAGAAGAUGCUAGGCUCAUCCUUGGGUAAUAAAACUAUGUUAUUGUUACUAUUGACAACUACACAAGCUUACAUAGAAGUAAUUUUACUAGUUUGUUUACUAAAUUAUCAUUUAUUGUACCGCGCAAAUCAUUUCUAUAGUCCAUUUACUUGUAUUGCAACCAAACAUUGCAUUUUAUACUUGAUGAUAAACUUACUAGCUUUCGGGAGGAUGUUAUGUUGGCUGAAAUUUCCCCUAUAGUAUCCUCGCUUUGGCUGUACUAGACAUAUGUUAAUAAAAUUUCUCAGAGGUGUUUAAGGUAAUAA